AGAGGACAGAGCCUGUCUUCGAGGUGAGGAGAGCACAGACUGCCCGUAGACACUCGCGGGGGAGCCAGUGUGCACAAGGAGUGUGCUCCCUCAGUGGAACUCGCACUUUAUCGCCGCCUUUGCCCGGUCUGCCUGCAACGCGGGGGGGGUGGAGAAGAUCCAAUCAGCGUUUGGGUUUAAUAAGGUGGAAUACCAGGUGGACGCAACAGAAAAGAUACGGCGCAACCAGGGAAAUAAAGGAGGUAGGAGCAUGCAGCUGUAAAGGACAUCAUUCGGAAAAGGAAAGAAAAGCUUUCACGGAAUUUUGAAUUCAGAGGUUCCUGCUCUGGGGUGGACUUGAGCAGAAUAUCAUUUUCUUUUUAAGAGGAGCAGCUCACCGCUUCGGUCAACCAACCCUGUGGACUAUAGGAUCCUAGAUGGCUUUUCAAGACUGACUGUUCCGCGGCAAUUCGUCUUCUGUAGCCAGAAAGGAACCAUGUCGUCCUCCCAUGUUUUGAUAUGACAUCGGAAUCUUGACCGGUGAAUUCUCCUGCCACUGGGGAUUUUAAAGGAAUUCUCAACUACUCUUCGGUUGCACUGUAUGGCCACCUAGUAUCAGAGGCCCUGUCAGAUAUAGAAGCCUGAAAAACUGUGAUAACUGGGGGGGGGGGAGAACAGGCCAUGGCUGAGAGGAUGAUUGCUUCUCAAAGUGAGCCGUGACAGAAUGGUCGACUGUAUGAGCAAAGUCAUGCUGCACACGGCCCUCUCAUGCUGGCAACCAUUGCUGGGACUGGCGCUUCUGGCCGUCUUCGUGGGUUCCGCCCUGGGAUGUCCCGCCCGCUGCGACUGCUCGGCUCAGAGCAAGUCUGUCCUGUGCCACCGCAAACGUCUUCCUGGCAUCCCCGAUGGCAUCCCCAUCGAGACCAGGAUCCUAGACCUGAGCAAGAACAAGCUACAGGCCAUCAACCCAGAUGACUUUGCCCCCUACCCUGGGUUGGAGGAUUUAGACUUAAGCGGUAACAUUAUCAGUUAUGUGGAGCCCGGGGCCUUUAACCCUUUGUACAGUAUGCAUUCCCUCAGUCUCAAAAGCAACCGUAUCAAGCUCAUUCCACAGGGUGUCUUCACAGGCCUAUCCAACCUCACCCGGCUGGACGUCAGCGACAACAAAAUAGUCAUCCUGCUGGACUACAUGUUCCAGGACUUGCACAAUCUUAGGUCCCUGGAGGUGGGUGACAAUGACCUUGUGUACAUCUCUCACCGGGCGUUCAGUGGACUGCUGAGUCUAGAGACACUGGCUUUAGAGAGAUGCAACCUGACUGUGGUGCCCACUGAGGCUCUGUCCCAUCUACACAACCUGGUCAGCCUUCACCUGCGACACCUCAGUAUCGGCACCUUGCACGCAUACUCCUUCAAAAAGCUGUCCCGGCUGCGCCACCUCGAGAUCGACAGCUGGCCCUCGCUGGACUCUGUGUCUGCAAACACCUUGCACGGCCUCAACCUGUCCACGCUGUUCAUCACCAACACCAACCUUUCCUCCUUCCCUUACCAGGCCCUCAGGCACCUGCAUUUCCUGACGCAUCUCAACCUGUCCUUCAACCGCAUAAGACAUAUCGAGGGGGGGAUGCUUUCAGAGCUGGUGCAUCUGAAGGAGCUGCAUCUGGUUGGCGCCCAGUUGUCGACCAUUGAACCGUAUGCAUUCCAGGGCCUCCGGUGGCUCAAGGUUCUUAACGUCUCCCACAACCGUCUGGACACCCUGGAGAAGGGUGUCUUCCAAGCCCCUGAGGUUCUGGAGGUCCUUUUGAUAGAUGACAACCCCCUGGUGUGUGACUGCCGUCUCAUGUGGAUUCUGCAGAAGAGGCACUCCAUCUUCUUUGGCGACUCGCAGCCAGAGUGCAGUACCCCAGAGGGCAUCCGCGGCAGGCCUUUCAGGGAGUUCAAGGAGACCCUGCUGUCCUACUACGUGACGUGCACUAAGCCCAAAAUACGGGAGAACAAGACGCAGAUGAUUGCCGUGGACGAAGGCCAGCCAGUGAGGCUGCACUGCAGUGCUGAGGGGACUCCUAGGCCAGUAGUGUCAUGGUUGUCCCCACGCCGGCGCCUUCUCACCAACAAGAGCCACGGCAGAGUCACCGUUCACAACAAUGGAACACUGGAGAUCAAGGCGGCUGAGGUGCAGGACGGCGGGGUGUACCUUUGCAUGGCGACCAACACGGCGGGUAAUGACUCACUGAUGGCCUCCCUGGCAGUAAAAAGUCUGGGGUCGCUCUACGCAAACAGGACCCAGUAUUACACAGAUCCUAGCAAUGUCACGACCAAUGGGACUAGCAAUGUGCCCUACGGCUUGGACCUAAAGACAAUCUUAGUGUCUACGGCAAUGGGUUGUUUCACAUUUCUUGGGGUGGUCUUGUUUUGCUUCCUGCUCCUGUUCGUUUGGAGCCGUGGGAAAGGGAAGCAUAAAAACAACAUUGAUAUUGAAUACGUCCCUCGGUCCAAGUCUAAUGGUACCUCUAUAGACGGAGGGGCAGAGGGGCAAGCAGGACCACGUCGCUUUAACAUGAAAAUGAUCUAACACGAUGUGUGUAUCUGGGAAUCCGAAUGUUCGGGCUGCUCUGGAGAUUGUGAUAUUGGAAAUUGAACUUCCCAAUACUGCAGGAGAAUGCAACUGGGAACGAUAAUGGUACCACAGAGUGCCAUAAAAGGACACAGGAGUGCAUUUCUGAACCAUUGCAUCUUAUUAGAUGCAAUGCCAGGACAUUGUGAUGUAUGUUUCUUGCAGUUGCCAGUAAGCUUGACCAACACAAUGAUCUUAAUUGCUGCCCAGGGCGCCUGAAUCGAAUAGGUGUCAAUAAUCAAGAUUUUUCAAAUUCAAUUUAUAUGCCCAAAAUAAACCCUGCAGUAUCGGGUUGGAUUUAAAGACACUACAGAACUGUGUACAGUACAAUUUGUAUCUAAAAGUAUUAUUCUUCUUUGUUUGUUUAGUCUUGCACCAUGCUUACUCACAUAACAGAUGGAUGAAACUGAGCAUUAUUUCCUCUGACCAUAAUCUUUGCAUAUGGGUGCGUAAUGCUUCGUUAUGUACACAUAUUUUCAUACUUAAUGAAACAAACUGUUCAUAGCAAUACUCAUGGGGUGCAACGUCAGCCAACAUCUAAAUUCCCUCAACUAAUAUCAAUUACAAUAAUUUGACUCUUUAGUUAUGAGUGUCUGUAGGAAAGGGCUUUAUACAGGAUGGCAACAUCACACUGGAAAAAGAUAGAUCACUGUUCUCCAAAUGUACCUCUAGAAAUUGAAGAUAUUUUUGUUAAUUGUCAUGAAUUAAUAAAGAAAAUAGAUUUUAUUUAUCAAAAUGGUCUGGAGGUUUUACAAAAUGGAGUAUUCUAACACUUUUCCAGUAUGAAAUGAACACUUUCAACAAUCUUGGAGAUGAUAUACUAUUCUGAGACCUUACAUGGACCAUUGUUUUGUCCCAUUUUUGUCUCUUUUUAUUCAUUUGACCUGAUGAUAAAAUAUAUGUCCAUCUUACUAAAGUGAAGUUGACAUAUUUUCUCCCCGUUAAGAAAUUUGGACUUUGUUGUGGUAGUUUCUCAUUUUGUUGUUGAAUCAUUUAGAUUGUGAAAAGUUCAAAGUAAAAUAAAAUAAAAAAAAGAUG